AAAAAAAUAUAUAGAAGACACAGAAGAAGAAGAAGAAGAAGAAGAAGCAGCUGCUAAGUCCUCCGGCUGCGUCCUACCAUAUCUCCCCGGUGGCUGACAGAUUCUUUUCACAGCACAAUUCUUCACGCUACCCAUAAAUAACAAACCCCUUCACAAAACUCAGAAGGAGGGAAUAAAAAAUAAAAGCGAAAUAAUACAAAAAAAACAAGGAAAGGAGCUGUCAGAAGAAAUCUCCAAACCAGCCAAAUUCCGUAACCCAAGAUCCCCACCACCCUUAUCACUGCCCACCAGUCACCGAACCCUCUCCAAACUCCGAAGGUAAAAGCCGAUAACCCUCUCCACAUCUCUCUCCAUUGGUCUCCGGUAGCCCAUGAAAAAUUUUCAAGUAAUGGAUGGUAUGAAAGUGGAGUCGAAUCAAGAUGUUGCACCUGUUCCUCCUCCAUCACACACACUGCCUGAAGAAGAAGCUGCAGAAAGGAAAGCUAGGGUAGAUGCUGUCUGGCAGCAGAUGAAUAAAGGACUGUCUGGGAAGGCUCUCAAAUCCACCUUUAAAUACCAGAGCUCAAGUAUUAACAAAAUUUCUCCAAAGCCUUCUUCACAGAAUUGGAUGAAAGUCCUUGGAUUGGCACCAAAGAAGACAUCAUCAGCUGCAGAAGGUGCACCAGGGAAGCGUCCUAUUGUAGCUCAAAAUGGUAGUAGUGAUGAUGCAAAAAAGCUUGCUGCUGCCGCUCUCUCAGCAGUUAAAGAUGCUGCAGCAGCAGCAGCAGCAGCAGCAGCUUUGAGCCGAGGGAAAGUGGAGGUUACUGAAUUUCGAGACUUUGCUGGUGAAGAGAUUGAAUUCAAGAAACUCGUUGAUACCAGCUCAAAAGAAGCAUUUGAUAAAGGCAAAGCCUCAACUGGCCCUGCUUCUGCUGUUGAUGCUGUUCUUGAACAAAUAAAAAAGAAGCAAAAGCUCAGCGUGCUUGACAAGACAAAGAAAGAUUGGGGAGAGUUCAAGGAAGAAAAUAAAGGAUUGGAAGAAGAGCUUGAAACGUACAAAAAGAGUUCGAAUCAGUAUUUGGAUAAGGUAUCUUUCUUGCAACGUACUGAUUACCGGGAAUUUGAGCGGGAGAGAGAUGCUCGACUUGCCAUGCAGGCCAAGAGGAAGGCAGAUAUGCGAGAGGACUUUUGAUAGCCUGAAAUUCCUUCGGAGUGGGUGGACCCAAAGGUUAGUUUGAAAUCAGAGUUGAGGAUGCAGGAAAAGGCUAUUUAUUUCCUGCAAUAAUCAGAGAUGAUUAUUGCACUAUCAGGGUUCUGCGUUUUUCUGGGAACUGAUGGACCCUGUGUACCAUCCCAUUGUAUACAAGGCAAAUAGAUUUCUUGUCUUUGAUCCACUGAACCUUAAUUUACUGAUAAGUAUGUUAUGGAUCAAAGAACCUAGGCCUGGUUUAGUUUUUCAAAUUUGGCCUUGCUCUUUAUGAUGUAUCAUGUCCUGCCGGCGGUUUAGGCCUGUUGUAGCGUAAGCGAAACAAUAUAUUUGUUUCCCAUAAAGACAGAAGCCAAGUUUUAAUAAUGAUGGGUUCAGGAUACCUUGCAACAUCU